GCAAUCUUCCAUCACAAACUACUGAAAAUCUAGUAAGAAUGGCUGCAACCAUCUUCUUCAAAUUCCUUCUCUUCUCCCUUCGAGUCUUCCUCAAAAGACUAAAAUACCUACGCCCUUUCCAUCGCAAGGGAAAUUCCUAUGCACCCACGUCACAAUUACAAAAGUACCCUUCCUUCAACUCAAAGCGCAAUCUAGAUAAGCUCUCAGACCAGACCUUGGUAUGUGACGUUGAGGGUGCAUUGCUUAAAUCCUCCUCACCUUUUCCAUAUUUCAUGCUGGUGGCUUUUGAGGGAGGGGGGCUUUUGAGGGCUUUUGUUCUUUUGCUUUUGUACCCUUUGGUGUGUUGUCUUAGUAGGGAAAUGGCACUUAAGGUCAUGGUCAUGGUGUCGUUUUUUGGGAUUAGAGAGGAGGGUUUUAGGGUGGGAAGGGCAGUUUUGGCAAAGUAUUUUUUGGAGGAUGUGAGUAUGGAGGUAUAUGAGGUGUUGAAAAGGGGUGGGAGGAGAGUAUGUGUGAGUGAGAUGCCUAGGGUUAUGGUGGAGGGGUUCUUGAAAGAGUAUAUGGGUGUGGAGGCUGUUUUGGGAAGGGAAUUGAAAGUGGUUUCUGGGUAUUAUGUGGGGUUGAUGGAGGAAAAGGAGAAGAUGGUUUUUGAGUUGGAAGAGGAGAAGAUGGUUGGUGGUGUUGUUGGCAUUGGAAGCUUCAACAGCUGUUUGGAUCAGCACUUCUUCUCCUUGUGCAAGGAAAUCUAUUUGGUGACUGAAGCUGACAAGAGGAACUCGCAUAUCCUCCCAAGAGACAAAUACCCAAAGCCCUUGAUCUUCCAUGAUGGUAGGUUGGCUUUCAGGCCCACCCCACUUGCCACCCUGGCCAUGUUCAUGUGGGUCCCAUUUGGGUUUCUCCUAGCCAUCUUUAGAGCCCUUGUAGCCCUAUCACUGCCCUACAAAAUGGCCCUCCCGAUUCUAUUUAUGACUGGAAUGAGACUCAGACUCAAAACACCCAUUUCAAGCCCAUCCACACCCAACAAGCGAGACCCAAAAGGCAUUCUUUAUGUGUGCAAUCACAGGACCCUUUUGGACCCUCUCUACCUUUCAACGGCCCUAAACAAACCUAUAACUGCAGUCACCUACAGCCUAAGUAGACUGUCUGAGCUUUUGGCACCCAUAAAAACAGUGAGGCUGACCAGAAAUAGAGAGGAAGAUAGGAAGAGAAUGGAAAGGCUUUUAAGCCGAGGUGACCUUGUGGUGUGCCCUGAGGGCACCACAUGUAGGGAACCCUUCUUGCUGAGGUUCAGCCCUUUGUUUGCAGAGCUGACUGAUGAGAUAGUGCCUGUGGCCAUGAAUGCACACGUUAGCAUGUUCUAUGGUACAACAGCUGGUGGGCUCAAGUGCCUGGACCCACUUUUCUUCCUCAUGAACCCUUUCCCUGGCUAUAAUGUUGAGGUUCUUGGAAAGGUGGCCAAGGGACCCACAUCUCAUGGGGUUGGAAUUUCUAGCAUUGAUGUGGCUAAUUUUGUCCAAGGAGAGUUGGGUAAGGCUCUGGGCUUUUGCUGCACAACUCUUACAAGAAAGGAUAAGUAUCUGAUGUUGGCUGGAAAUGAAGGGGUUGUUCCAAAUUCAAGUGAUAGACAGUGCAAAAAUAGCUGAAUUUCAGGAGAUUAAUGGAGGGUUUGAUAUUAUACAGACCCUUUUUAUAGCUUUGGUAUAUAUGAUAUGAUGUAAGGCAUGAUUCAAUUUCAAUCAUUCUCUUGUGUUCUUUCA